UAUUUUGAUUUUGUAAAUGAUUUCUAUUUCUCUUUGUGUGUGCUGUGUGUUUGUUGCAAAAUAAUAAAACCAAAGAAUUUUAUUUCGAUUUGAUUUUGGUUUUUUUUCUGUCCAAACAAAAAUGCCAACAUCAUGCAAAUGUUUAAUCCGAUUAUGGAUGACCCUUUUAUUAUUAUUAUUGUUAAUUAUUUUGAUUGCGUCUUAUCUGAUUAUAACAUUUAAAUCAUCAUCAUCUUUUACAUCAACAAAAAUCGAUAAUGAUUUGAAUUUAUCAACAUUUUUCAACAUUGGAAAUAAUUCGAAAACGGAUGAUAGAAAAGUAGAAUUCGAAGAAUUUUGUCUACCCGUUCGUAAUAAUGAUUCCUAUUUGGGAGAAGAAUUUCUAUCCCAAUUACGCAACGAAACUGUAUGCACGGAUAUUGAUUGGGAAAAAUUUUCACGAAAAUUCAAAAUUCAUUAUGGUGAUAACGAUGGCGGUGAAAUUUUUAUACAUCGUUAUGACGAUAAUGAUGAUGAUGAAAUCAAAAUGAUCAUAUUAAUCAAAUUUCCUGCUAAUUCAUUACGAAUAUUCGAAUGGAAACAACAAUCGAAUCGAAAAUAUCGAUAUGUUGUACAAAUUGAAAAUAAUUUAUUAAUGGAACCAAUAAUCGAUAGCGAUGAUUAUGAUUACGAUCAAAAUGAAUUAAAUAUGGCCAACAACAAACACAAUGAUCACAAAUUGGAAUAUUGGGCUAAUCGGUUAUUGAUUUGGAACAUGUCAACAAUCGUGCUGAUACGAUAUGAAUCGAAUGCGGAUCACAUUUGUCGAAUUAAUUUCAAUCAACAAAAAAAUCAAUUUUGGAAAUGCAUUUGAAACAGCAGUCGAAAAUUGGAAAAAAUCGAAUCCGAACAUUUUUUU